GAGAGGCGCAGAGCCGGAUCCGAGGGGAGACGACACCAACAGCGGCGGUGUGGACGAUCUUUUAUGUGGACGACUCUUGACAGCUCCGGAAGGUGGUAGGAUGAACAUGAUCUCCACCAGCAUCCCUCACCAGUAGCUGGGCAGCAUGGCUUCUGCUCCUCCUUGCGGAGAGGACACCGGCAGCUCAUUAGCACUGCGCUGGAGGCUAACACCAACAUAGAUAUACAUCACGCAGGACGCUGACUUCAAACUCAGUCGAAGCAGGCUGAGCUGCACUCCACAGGCCUGGUUGGUUAAAACAUCUGUAUGAACUGCUUUGAAAACAUGACUCGUGCCAGAGCAGCACAUGUCCAGGAGAGCGACAUCACCGCAGCCUAACGACAUCUGGACUGAGACCUUGGACCAUGAUCUGUCUCUGAGUGGUCGCUUUGGUGGCAGAGCUGGACUGUGCAGCUCUUCCACACUUAGACAAACCUGGACUCUGAGCCAUGUCUCUUCUCUCAGCUCUGAGCAUCGUCUGUGGAUUGAUGCUCCAUGUUUCACUGAGUGCACUCAACCCUCACUACUGUGUCCCACGAAAGACUGUCCCUUACCAGAAUGAGCUGAAGUUGUUCAGAGAAGAGGGGAUCUCUAACUACUCCACAAUGUUAAUGAGAGAUGACCUUGGGGUGCUGCUGCUGGGGGCCCGAGAGGCCGUAUAUGCUCUGGACAUCAACAACAUCUCUGUCAGAAAGUCAGAGGUGUAUUGGCGAGUUACCGAGGAGAAGCAGAGGGAGUGCACGUACAAAGGAAAACAUGCCGAGGUGGAAUGCCGUAACUACAUUCGAACCCUGCACAGAGUGAAUGACACUGCAAUGUAUGUGUGUGGCACGAACGCUUUUAGCCCCACCUGUGAUUAUAUGACGUUUGCUAAUGGACAGCUGAGGCUGCAGGGAAAGCAGGAGGAGGGAAAGGGGAAGUGUCCUUUUGAUCCCUUUCAGAGAUACUCCUCCCUCAUGGUUGGAAAUGACCUGUAUUCUGCUACAUCCAUCAACUUCUUGGGCUCUGAGCCUGUGGUUCUGCGCAGUUCAAACUUGGCUCUCCGCACUGAGUUUAAGAGCUCCUGGCUCAGUGAGCCAAACUUUGUCUACAUGGACUUUGUGAGUGAGAGUUUUGACAGUCCCGAUGGUGAUGAUGAUAAAGUGUACUUGUUCUUCAGCGAGAACGCCAUGGAGUACGAUUUCUACAGCAAAGUUGCAGUAUCUCGAGUGGCCCGUGUCUGCAAGGGGGAUAUGGGCGGACAGCGGACGCUGCAGAGGAAAUGGACGUCGUUCCUGAAAGCUCGUCUGGAUUGUUCCCUCCCUGAACCCAGCCUGCCCCCCAUUGUCCAGGAUGUCUUCCUGCUUAAGCACAAGGACUGGAGGAAUAGUGUCUUCUACGCUGUCUUCACCCCGCAGUCGAGCCUGUCCCAGGUAUCAGCAGUGUGUGCAUACAGCGUGUCUGCCAUUAGAGAUAUUUUCAGCGAGGGAAAGUUCAAGACACCCGUUGCUGUGGAGACAUCCCAUGUGAAGUGGGUGAUGUACACUGGAGAAGUGCCGGUCCCCAGACCAGGAGCGUGCAUCAAUAAUGUGGCUCGUAAAAUGGGGAUGAAUCGCUCUCUGGACCUUCCUGACAAAACCCUCCAGUUCAUCAGAGACCGUCCCCUCAUGGAUGACGCUGUUCGUCCAAUAAGAGGAGAGCCGCUGCUGGUCAAGAAAGGAGCUUUGAUGACUCGGAUCGUAGUGGACAGUGUGCCGGCGCUGGACGGACAGAGAUACGCCGUCAUGUUCACUGGCACUGACAAUGGUUAUAUUCAGAAGGCCGUCAACUACGACGGAGAAAUGUUCAUAAUUGAGGAGAUUCAACUGUUUGAAAACCCAGAGCCUAUCACCAUCCUGCGCCUCUCAUCGAGCAAGGGCCAGCUGUAUGCAGGUUCAGAGUUUGGUGCUAUCCAGAUGCCAGUCAGUAACUGCAGCCGCUAUGACACCUGUGUGGACUGCAUCCUGGCCAGGGAUCCUUACUGUGCCUGGGACUUCUCCACUGAGCAGUGCUCCUCAGUCCACAGCGUACCCCCCUCCUCAAAUACUGCAAUGCAGAGUCUGAAGGAGGGUGACGUUUCACGGUGUCCUCAGCCAGAUCCAGUCCCAGCUGUGGACUUCACCCUCGUCCCAGAGAACAACAUCCAGCUGCCUUGCCAGCUUCACUCCAACUUGGCAGAGGUCCACUGGCGUUUCUCUGACCAAACACUUCACUCCAACCACAAAUACUACAUCUACAGCGGAGGCCUCCUCAUCCUGAGUGCCUCUGAGUCGGAUGCUGGCUUUUACACCUGUGACUCAGUAGAGCUGAUAAAUGGCAAAACAUACAACCGAACUGUGGCGGUUUAUCGUUUGCAGCUCUACUCUGGUCCGGCGGUGGGGGACAGCACCACUCCAGGCAAUGAGGUGGCAAAUUCCUCCGACUCUGUUCACACUGUGAAUACAGCUGCACCAGGUCCGGUGCCAGAUGAGGGUAAUGAGGACCCAUCCCACGAGUCUCAAAGCGACACUGGCAGGGUGACUUGCUUAGAGGUGGCUGUGGCUCUGCUUUCGCUGCUUUGUUUCUCCCUGAUGGGGGUCAUAUUUUGGAUCUGGUUUCGAGGAGGCUGGGAAUGCUUCAAGUUUGCACAGAGCGCCAGUGAAAGCGAGGGGAAAAGGCAGUCAGGCGAAUACAUGCACAUCCAGAACAGAACUUCAGAGAUAAAGCUCCUGGGGCCUGAGGCGGGGAGACCUUGCAGUGCCAAUAAUAAUCACUCUGCUGUUGACUUCAAAGGGAACGGGGAGCACCACUUCACACCUAUGGCCAACAUUUCAAGUCUGGAUGGUCUGGGAUACAUAAAUGAUGAGUCAGAGAUUUAACUUUGCUGAGGUAUAGAGUAGCACAGUCCGAGGCCAACGAAACUGCACUAAUCAUCUUUCUAUAGGUGCACUUCCAACACAAAACAGUUCUCCGAAAAGAUUUUCACAUUAUAAAUUCUUUUGACUGGUGUCCUGUUUCUCCUCGCCAGUUUCCUUCACUGUCAUUUCUGUACUCUAACCGGGCAGCUGAUGUUCAGUUAAAAGACUUUUUCUGGUGGAAUUUUCACUCCAGGAAACUGCUGAAAAGACUUUUUUUUUUUUUUAUAUGUGUAUUUUUUUUGUAUAAUGAUAAAUUGUGAAUAACUUUGUGUAAUAUAUUGUGUACAGCCAAGACCUUUUUUUUCAACUAUUUAUUUGUUGUAAAGACGUUUUUAUUUCAUCUUUAAACACUUGUAAUCUACAAAAAGUCUUGUAUAUAUGGUCAACAACGGUGAACCAGUAGCAAACAUUUUGACCUCUAAUUUCAAGCCACAUUUCAUUUUAUGGAUAGUACUGUUUAUUUAAGACAACAUUGAUCAGUCGGAGUGUACCAUCACUCUUUGGCUGUUAAUGAUUGAUGAGUACUCUGUGUACUACUCCUUUAUUGGUGGCUGUUUAAAAAAAAAAAAGACCUACA